GGAUUUUGGAGAAAAUGACUGAUUUAAAUAAAAAGAAACUAAUUGAAAAGAGAGUAACCGAUCCUUAAUAUGAUACUUUGGUGAUCGAUUUAAAGAGGGGUUACUAGGACACGUGUCAGCACAUCAGAAUUUUUCUAUUUUUUUUUUCUUUCUUAUUUUUCUUUUUCUCUCUUUCUUUACUUCUUUUCUUCUUGUUUUCUCUGUCUGUCGGCGUCUCAGCUCCUCUCGUCUUCUACGAUUGCGAGACCUCUCUUCCGGCGGCGAGUUAAUCAGAUACCUCCGGCGAGUUAAUCAGAUACUUCCUCUCUUUCUCGAGACCACUCUUUCCCCAAGAGAAGCCUCUCUUUCACGAGACCACUCUUCCCCCGAGAGAAGCCUCUCUUUCGGAUUAUUCCCUCCUCUCUCCCCAAUUGUUUCGACUUCUAGUCGCUCUUGCACCGUCAGGGUACUUCCCCUCUGAACAUCCUUCUUCUGAAACUCGGGUGCGUCUUCUCUAACCACCUCACGGUUUUCUUCGUUUGCUCUCUCUCUCUUCAGUUGAUUAGUUUCCGAAUUGUUGUUUGAUUGGUCGGAAGAAAAGUAGUGUUGCUAUCUUAAAGAUUGGUUGAUUAGAGAGUGGUCUGAAUUUGAUUGGAAUGUUGCGGUAGAGUUUGAAGUCAUAGUUGUUGAUUGAUUAAGAUUUGCUCCUGGUGAUACUUGAAGUUCGAUUGUUGUUUGAGUUUAAGAGUUAGUGAAGUUCGAUUGUUGUUGAUUGAUUAUGCUUUGCUCCUUGUGAUACUUGAAGUUCGAUUGCUGUUUUUGAGUUUAAGAGUUAGUGAAGUUCGAUUGUUGUUGAUUGAUUAUGCUUUGCUCCUUGUGAUACUUAUAAUCUUCAUUCUGUUUAUUAAUUCUGUUAUUUAAUCUUGUACAUAUAAUCUUCAUUCUGUUAAUUAAUUCCUUUUAAUGUCUUGCUUCUUUUGCAACUCUUGUAUUUGUGGUUGAGGUCGCUGUGGCAGAGGGAAAAACACAUCAAGUUCUUCGACAAGCAACCACUACCUUCGUCUCUCUUUGAGGUUGUCCCCUGGUAUGAUACCGUUCUUGUCCCCUGAAGAUAGCCUAGUGAAGAAGUGUCAUUGUCAUCGGGUACGACCUCUUUGUAUUCUUGUGUGUUUCAGAUGAGUCACGGACUUGUCCUUUUGUAUUAUUCAAGUGUCAUGAAUAGACCUCUUUGUAUGCUAGUGUAUUAUCAGUCACAAUCUUUUGUUUGCUUGUGUAUUAUUCAAUCACAGACUCUUCUUUGCUUGUCUAUUAUUGGAUAUAAAUUUUUUAUUCAAGUCACGAGCAAGCACUGUCUCAUAAUUCAAUCACUUUUGUAUACUUGUGUAUUAUUCAAUCACGGACCAUUGAAGUAUUAUUGUUAAGAUUUCUAUAUAAACACGACCAAGCACUCUCUCAUUGCUUCACAACUCCUCCAACGUUUCUAUACAACUUUCCUUCUCUCUCUCGUUACUUCACAACUCCAACGUUUAUUCACAAGUCCUCCAACGACCAAGCACUCUUGUUUCUAUACAAAAACGUGAAGCACUUUUAUUCAAUUUUUUGUUCACUCUUUCUUACUCUUUUUUUUUGAUAAUUUUAAACAAUUGCUACACAUGGCAUCUUCUUCUCAAAACACAUUUGAGGGAUCACUUGAUGAGGAUUUUGAUCAAUAUUUUGAUCAAACAUUUGAGGAUUUGGCUAUUCAAUACGGUGGUCAAGAAGAUGAGAGAAAAGAAAGAAAAAAAACGAGUUUAUAUCGAAAGAAAUCGAGAAGCCGGUCAUAUACGUUUAUGGAAUGAUUAUUUCAGUGAAACUCCGACGUAUCCUGAAAAUUUAUUUCGACGACGUUUUAGAAUGAACAAACCAUUGUUCAUGCACAUUGUCGAGCGACUCUCCAACGAAGUUCAAUUCUUUCGCCAAAAGAAAGAUGGUCUUGGAAGGCUUGGUCUCUCUGCCCUCCAAAAGUGUACAGCAGCCAUUCGUGUCUUGGUUUAUGGUACUGCGGCUGAUGCGGUCGACGAAUACCUCCGCCUCGGGGAAACUACAACCCGGGCAUGUGUGGAAACAUUUGUGGAAGGAAUAAUCAAUUUAUUCGGUGAUGAGUACCUAAGAAGACCAACACCGGCUGAUCUUCAACGUCUACUUGAUAUUAGAGAGCAUCGUGGAUUUCCCGGGAUGAUAGGAAGCAUCGAUUGUAUGCAUUGGGAGUGGAAGAAUUGUCCCACCGCUUGGAAAGAGCAAUAUUCGCGUGGUUCGGGUAAACCAACAAUCGUUUUAGAGGCCGUUGCUUCUUAUGAUCUCUGGAUAUGGCAUGCGUUUUUUGGUCCUCUAGGUACCUUAAAUGAUAUCAAUGUUCUUGACCGCUCACCUGUUUUUGAUGACAUAAUAAAAGGGUCAAGCUCCGCAAGUCACUUACUCUGUCAAAGGAAGAGAGUAUCAUAUGGCUUACUAUCUCACCGAUGGUAUUUAUCCGAAAUGGGUGACUUUUAUCCAAUCUAUUCCAGUACCACAAGGACCGAAAGCAGUUUUAUUUGCUCAACGUCAAGAAGCUGUCCGAAAAGAUGUAGAGCGGGUUUUUGGAGUCUUGCAAGCUCGCUUUUCCAUUGUCAAAAAUCCGGUACUUUUUUGGGAUAAAGUCAAAAUCGGGAAGAUUAUGAGAGCAUGUAUCAUACUCCAUAAUAUGAUAGUGGAAGACGAACGAGAUGGAUACACUCAAUUUGAUGUUUCAGAGUUCCUACAAGGAGAAGACACCGGAAGUUCACAUGUCGAUCUCGAUUUUUCUCAAGAUAUGCCUACAAAUAUCGCCAAUAUGAUGGGUGCUCGAACUAGAAUUUGUGAUAGACAAAUGCAUCAACAACUAAAAGCGGAUUUGGUUGAACAUAUAUGGCGUAAAUUUGGACGUGAUGCAGACAACAACUGAGCUCGGAUGCUUCUUUCAAAUUAUUUUAUUUUACUACUCUUUGUUUUUAUGUUUUUAUUUUAAAAUCUAUGUUAAAAAUGUUAUCUUUCAAUAUGUUUUAUUUAAUAAAUAAAUUUUAUCUUUAAAAAAAAAAUUUAUAAUUUUUUUUAAGAACCCUUAAUUAAGAAACUACCAUUGGAGGCACAAAAUCAAACGAUUUCUUAACUAUAAUCCUUAAACCGACUUAAAUACAUUUAAUUAAUUAAAUAAUCAUUAGGAACCCCACUUGAAUUUCAUGGAUAAUCAUGCUCUAAGGAUUUUACAAAAUAUUUUCUUCCAAUAUAGAAUGUUUAUUUUUAUUUUUGUAAAAAUAAAAUUAUUUGUUAAAAAUAAAAUAAUAAUGAUACAUCUAUAAUUUUAUGUUAAUAUAAUAAGAUGAAAUUGUAUAUUGACAAU